UGCAACCGCUGAGACAACGAAUAAAUCCGUUCAGUCUUACGGUUAAUUCUCUCAUUCAAACUUAUCAUUCCAGUUCCCCGCGGUUUUUUUUUCUUCAUUAUUCUCAUUUUGAAUAAAUUUUGUUUUAAACAAAAUAAAAAAUCUAUUUAUUGUCGACCUAACCAAGUCGCUUUACAAUAUUGAAAGGAAAAAGUAGAAUUUAUUUUACGCGAUACGCGAUAGUUGCUGUUGGUUAUUCGAUAUACAUAUAUAAUUUUGUCGUGUUCACCUUAUGUGUAUUUUUCAUUAUGCUUUGUUUUAUGCGCUAGAUCAAUUAAUAGCUGCGACUAUUUUAUAAGCAUGUUGAAUUUGAAUUGAAUUUUCUGUUACAUCCAAAUGAAUCGAUCCGGAUAAACCGAUCCAAUAGCGUGUGUGAACUAAAUUGCAUAUCGUUUUUGGCGAACACAUUUAUGCGGUUUGUUUGCAUAAUUAUUUUUAUUAAUUUCAAUUGUGACAUAACUUAAACGAACACUAUCGGCUGUUGUACAAAAAUUAUAAAAAAAAAAAUUGUGAGUCGGUAAAAUACGCGCGAUCAUCCAUAAUGCGAUCAUCUUUAGUUGCAGUAGUUCUCUUCGGAUAUCUUCUUUUUACAGAGUCUAAAGAAUCGGUUCGAGAAAAACGAGCCAGGAAGCGUGCCUCGUCAGCAAUAGAGUUUAGCCGGCACGAACCGAAACAACAUCUUGAUGUUACCGAACCGGAACAAUCAGCCGACAUUAUUCCAAAUGGUUUUCUUAGCCAGUCGGUACGGGAAUAUCUUGAAUUAGGACGCUCAAUACCAGGACGACCAGGAACAGAUUAUCCCAUAUUGUCAGCUGUCCCAUACACAAAUUUCUACUGCGACGAUCAACCAUAUCCCGGAUUUUUCGCUGAUAUGGAUACGAGGUGUCAAGGAUGGCAUUAUUGUGAUAUUGACGGACGACAGGCCAGUUUCUUGUGUCCGAAUGGCACUCAAUUCUCACAAGCCGUAUUCGUAUGCGAUUGGUGGUUCAACGUACGCUGUGACCUGUCGCCUCGUCUAUACGCAAUCAAUGCUCGAUUGUACCAACAGCCGAAAGUUAAUCCGACCCGGCCACAUAGAAUUAUCACUAAGCAGCUGGUUGACGAUAUCUUCAAUUAGGCAUACAGUUUCGAAUGUAUACUUUCCUAAAAUUGAUCGUUACACAAGUAAAAAAUUUACAGACAACGACGGACGUAGUACAAAUGUUUUGCCAUCUAUUUCAUUUCAGCAGUUUUAACUUCUUCUUUAUCAAUUCUGUAAUUUAUUGUCAGUAUUAAAGGAACGAUUAAUUUUAAGAAAUUUC